UACCAGCCUACGGCCUUCUGAAGUACUCUAUAUACCGGGUACAAUAUAGAAGUCGGUGUACACGAUACAGUCACUUGGUUUGUGUUGUUCGGAAAUUAACUACUGCGCAGUUCCCGCAGCUCUUCACAUCCGCAGCGCAGCGACAUCUACCACCUAGUGACUUCGCUCUAACUGACAUGGUCAGCAGGCGGCGUAACGUGUAACAAGACUACACUAGCAUUUCGAAAGUACAUAGGUCUGCAUAACAUCACGUGCGCUGCUAUUUGUGUUACUUUGGUCAGGUAGCCUAAUAGACUCGUGACUUACGUGGAAGACGGUGACAACACACGACUGCGUCCGGGUCAUCCAGGUUAUCCACCAUCCCUUCGACCACGAGAAAUGAGUCCUCCGACGUCUCUCAAGCUCUCUUUGCAGCCUUCACCAGACUCUUUGAAGGGUCGCCGAAGAAGCGCCAGUAUUGUUAAAGUAGAGGAAGUGGGUGGUCGGGUCGAAGAAGUUCUUGACAGGAGUGCAUAUGUGAACAUAAACGCAAAUUGGGUCAAUGCUAAGGGUGCAUGGUUGAUCCAUGUUGUCCUAGUCGUGAUGGGCAAAAUUAUCAUUGACACGAUUCCCGGGAUGACCCAGCAAAUAAGUUGGACUCUCGUCAACCUGUUAUACCUCGCCCUCUCUUAUCUCAUGUUUCAUUGGGUCACUGGUAUCCCGUUCGACAACGAACUGCACGCAGGGGCGUACGACGACCUUACCCUAUGGGAACAGAUUGACGAUGGUGCACAGUACACUCCCUCCAAGAAAUGGUUGUUCACUGCGCCCAUACUACUAUUCCUGGCUUCAACGCAUUAUACGAAUUACAACCUCUGGUUGUUUGCAAUCAAUCUUACUGCGCUCAUUGUUCUUGCCAUCAUCCCUAAACUUCCCCAGCUUCAUCGACAGCGCGUCCGAUUCCUCGCCGAAGAUGCAUCAGGAACGGCUACCCCAGUCACGCCAAGAUCCGAAAAACAUCUCGAUCCUUCCUUUUUAAAUGACGGGCACUUUAAGUAAUGGUGGUCGCUUUGGUUAUUCAUUCUUUAGCUUUUCUGGGAGGAUACAAGAGACUCAUUUCCACUCUAUGUCACCCUCAAUCAUCAUGGCAACGAUAACUUCCUCUAAUGGUGUAUA